AUGGAAACAAUAAAGCACAGAACAGUGGAAGUGAACGGCAUCAAGAUGCACGUCGCAGAGAAAGGAGACGAAGGUCGUCCUGUUAUAUUGUUCCUCCAUGGCUUCCCUGAGCUCUGGUACACCUGGCGCUCCCAGAUCCUCUCCCUCAGCUCCCUAGGGUUCCGUGCCGUCGCUCCGGAUCUCCGCGGUUUCGGCGACACGGAGGCGCCGCCUUCCGUCACCAGCUACACCUGCUUCCACAUCGUCGGCGACGUGGUGGCCCUCAUCGAUUCUCUGGGCGUGGAUCAGGUGUUGCUGGUGGCUCACGAUUGGGGAGCCAUCAUUGGUUGGUAUCUGUGCAUGUUUCGUCCCGAUAAAGUGAAGGCCUAUGUGUGCCUUAGUGUGCCUUGCAUGCCCAGAAACCCUCGAGUUAAGCCUCUUGAUGCUUUUCGAGCUUUGUAUGGAGACGAUUAUUAUAUCUGCAGAUUCCAGGAGGCAGGGAAGAUGGAAGAGGCGAUGGCCAAAAUUGGGAGUGGGCAAGUACUGAGGAAUGUGCUUACAAGUCGCAAAUCUGGUCCCCCAAUCCUUCCAAAAGAAGGGUUUGGUUAUAACUCAUCAAAUGUCUCACCUAACUUACCCCCUUGGCUCUCCCAAGAAGACCUUCUUUUUUAUGCUUCCAAGUUUGAUGAGUCUGGUUUUACUGGUCCCUUGAACUAUUACCGAAAUUUCGACCGGAACUGGGAACUGACAGGAGCAUGGACGGGGGCGAAAGUGAGAGUGCCAGUGAAGUACAUAACAGGCGAGUUGGACUCAGUGUACACUUCUCUGGGCACAAAGGAAUAUAUAGAGAGUGGCCGUUUCAAAGAAGACGUUCCCAACUUGCAGGAAGUUGUGGUGCAGCCAGGCGUCGCCCAUUUCAAUAACCAAGAAGCUGCAAGUGACGUUGAAAAUUAUUUAAAAGAAUUUUUGAAUUCAAAAGAAUUUGUAUCUCCAAAAUAA